AUGUUGAUGCCUCGAGAGGCCCUGCUAGUCGGCUCCGCGACGUCCGUGAGCUCGGGAUCGCAUGCUGGUUCUAGUACCCCGAGCUCGACAUCACUCAGCCGUCGCCCGUCGAGCGUUGAAUGCUGCGGCUAUGCCCACGGCCGCAAAAGUGACGAGUCGUUAUCCGCGCUGUCGCUGUUCGGGCAUGAGAAAGUUGUCGCCUCGGCCAAUGGGAUUGCCGUUUCCAUCUGCCUGGCUGAGCCGGUGCUGUUUCUUGAAGGGUUCGAUCGCGAUAAUGCAGACACCACCAAGACAUCGAUUCUGCGGGGGACCCUUCGCUUGAAGCUAUCCAAGCCGGCGAAGAUCAAGAAGAUCUGUUUGAACUUCAAGGGCAUGGGACAGACGAAUUGGCCUGAAGGAGUUCCACCCAAAAAGAACCAAUUCCACGAGAACCAUGCAAUAUUGAAUCACACCUGGAUGUUAUUCAAUGCGCAGCUCCCAGAUGCCGAAUAUAGCCACGGAGCCGACCACAUCAGACUCAAGGUCGCAGCGGUGUCGACGAAAGAGCUGGCAGCGUCGACAAUCGAGCUCCUCGCACUUUCCGCUUCAAAUUUGUCGCGGGCGAAACAGACCAGGGAUGUCAAAAAACUGUCCCUUCAGUCAAAUUGCUCACGGAGCUUUGCGAAAGGCGAAUUCCCCCGUCAUGGCGAACCCAGUGUAUCAGCGAGAGGCUUCAAACUUUUCGAGCCGGCGAUUAUUGGUACAAUUUCGAGCUCCCUAUCUCCUCACGAAGCAAGUGUUGAACGAUCAGGGGCAUUCCGUCCGAACCUCCUCGGCCACAGAGAGGUGCCGUUUAUCCGGACACCCCCGGAAGGGUCCCUGGAGCACGUCGAGCCCAUUGCCAUUUCGCGAACGUGGGAAGAUCAGCUACACUACGAUAUCGUCAUUUCGGGCAAAUCUUUCCCGCUGGGUGGGCAGGUCCCCAUUGCCUUUAAGCUGACGCCCCUGGCGAAGGUCUCGCUGCAUCGCAUCAAGGUGAUUGUGACCGAGAACACCCAGGUCGUGGCGAAUAACAGGACAUAUCAUAGAGUUGAUGGGUCGAAGAAGGUGCUCUUGUUCGAGAAGCGCGCGGAUUCGCAGAGUACUAGUGCAUUUCCCGGUAGUGUUUGUAGGGUAACUGCUGGUGGCGGUGUUGCGUAUGAUGCUCGAAGAGAAGCGGCCGAGGGAAUAGAAUAUGUGAACCCACGGAACACCAAUCUGCUGGGGGAUCUGGAGGAGAGCUUUGAAGUCGGCCCGACGGAGAUGGAGUUCAAUGUGCAGCUUCCUACCUGCACAGAACUGAAGAAAAGAGACCCUAUUCGUUCGCUACAUUUUGAUACUACGCAUGAGCAACUGCAGAUACACCAUUGGAUCAAGAUCGUUCUCCGCCUCUCGAGAACAGACGAAAGAGACCCCAGCAAACGCCGCCAUUUCGAAAUCUCCAUCGACUCCCCCUUCCACAUCAUGUCCUGCCUUGCCACGCAAUCCAAUAUCUACCCGCCCGCCCCCGCCUUCCGCUUUCACACAAGCGCUGUGAAUACCACCGCCCACCACGCCCCACGCCCCAUCCACCUGCUCCGCGUCCCUUCGUUUGCGCCACCCUCUCCCCCUGCCCCCAGCAGCACCCCCCCCCCACCCCUCCCCACCCCGCCGCCAGAUUACACCACGAUCGUGCCGGACGACGACCCGCGCGCGGGCCUGCACGAUUACUUUUUGCGCCUGACGGUAGCGGAGCGCGAGUACGAGGAGGGCAUGCGCGGGCGGUCGCAUGUCGACGUGCCGCUGACGCCGGGCGGGAGGGUGCAUCGAAGCAUGGAUAUCCCGAGGGAGCGGGUUGUGGAUGAGGUGUGGGGUGGGAAUGCUGCCGGGGGCCGGGGGAAUGGUAAAGUAUAG